AUGGAAAAACCGGAUGGAACACGGAGGCCACCGUGCCGACUGCCGGAACGGCUUUUCGCAGUCGGGGAAGAACCCGCCGGCGUUAGGGUUACUCCUUACCAUAAAGCAGGCGCAAUCAGGGAAAUUCUUAAUGCCCUCGAUCCAGCGGAAGUCGACCACAUCAGAAGUUCUCCAUUCGGGCGAUUGAUAGAGAUCGCCGACAAACCAAGUUUCUCCGGGAGGUUUGGGAGAUAUAUACUCUCCAGACAGCUUAAAGUGUUUAAGAAACAUGAGGCUUGGUUCCUUUUUGCCGGAAAACCAAUUAGGUUUUCAAUCCGAGAGUUUGCUAUGGUAACGGGUCUCAACUGCAGCAAAUUCCCAAAACGGGGCAAAAAGAAGUCAAGAAAUUUCAUGGAAGAUAAACCAUAUUGGGGUGAACUCUUUAGAUCCCUCAGAGAGGUCCCAGUCUCAUCUGUUGUGAAGAUGUUGGCGAAGAAGACGGUUGUAGAUCGAGACAUCAGGCUUAAGUAUGCAUAUCUCGCCUUAGUCUCUGCUGUGAUUCUCCCAACGACACACGCACCGCGUAUUUCGGUAGAGUACGCCGAGAUGAUAAAGGAUUUGGAUACAUUUCUAGCACACCCAUGGGGGAGGGUCUCAUUCGAGAUGUUAAUUAGCAGCAUCAAGGAGAGAAAGGAAGUGUCAUUGCUUCAGAACACGAUUGCUUUGAAGGGAUUUGUUUUAGCCCUGCAGCUUGUCAUUGUGGAAUGCGUGCCCGCGCUAACCGAAGUUGUGCAAGAUGGAAGUUCAUCUGGUUCGGACGGCGAAACCGGUGGUGAUGAUAAUACGUUAGAGAUGGAGAAAGGGGAGAGGAGAAAUAUCAGCCCUGGUCACGCCCGCGACACAGAUGCUGCCGGGAAGGCUAUUGUCGAGUCCAUACUGCUUGAUGCAAAUGGAGAGAUAACAGUACCUGAAGUUUAUCAAUGGUCAGACGAUGAAGACGACGGUAGCGUGUCUAAUAUGGUGGGGUUAAUAGAGCAGCGCUAUGGUUUCAGCAAUGACUGUUUUGUUGGUGGGGCAACAAUACAGGAUGUUAUAAAGAUGCGUGAAGAGUCAAAAGCUGAAAUUGACGACUUCCAGCUCUUACAUGGCAGCAUAUCAACCAUCCAGGAAUCAUCUAAUGGCUUCACUGAAACCAUCCUUGUCAACAUCAACGAGGUUUUUGGAAUGGUACAAGAUAAAGCCCGUGCUAUUAAAACCCUCUCAGAUCAAAUUAGUAAGUUCACUCCUACACCGGCGGUUGCUACUGUCGACUCGGUGCCUCCCCGGCCAAAAGUGGUUAAUGCGGGAACACAAACAAUUGACGAUUCCACAGACAUAAUAGGAAAAGCAAUCAACUUUGCUAACCGGUCAUCUGUCAUUUCUACUGAU